GAGAAAAAUCUAUAUUACCCUUGUUCGUCAUGUUUUUGUGUUCUUGUCUGUGUUAAUGGUGGUGAGUUGGGGAUUAGAGAGAUGUGAGGCCACUGGGAAGUUCAGCUUCGAAGUUCACCACAUGUUCUCUGAUGCUGUCAAGCAGACUCUAGGGCUUGACAAUCUUGUUCCCGAGAAGGGAAGUAUGGAGUACUUCAAGGUUUUGGCCCACCGUGACCAGUUGAUCAGGGGUCGAGGUCUUGCUUCCAACAACGAAAAGCCAUCCGUCACGUUCAUGCGGGAAACCUCACGAUUGGAGUCGACGUUCUGGGAUCGUAACGCCUCUUCUCCUCUUGGUUAACAAGAAUCAUGUUUUGAAUAUUAUUCAUGUUUAUUGAAUAUAAUUUGCUUUCAGCCUCCAUUAUGCCAAUGUCUCUGUGGGAACACCGGCUAAUUCGUGGCUCUGGACACGGGCAGCGAUUUGUUUUGGUUGCCUUGUAACUGUGGUACAACGUGUAUCCGUGACUUGAAAGAUAUUUGGACUUCCACAGGUACCUUUCUCCUCAAGAAAGCAUAUACUCUUUUUCUUUUGUUUUUUUUUAAUUCAUACUUUCUCUUAAAGUGAUAUUUUUCGUUUCUCUUCUUUUGACACAGAGUCGACCACUCAAUAUAUACAGCCCCAACGCAUCUUCUACGAGCUCAAGCAUUAGAUGCAGUGACAAGCGUUGUUUUGGAUCGAGAGGAUGUUCUUCUCCUGCAAGUAUUUGCCCUUAUCAGAUCCAGUACCUUUCUAACAACACAUUCACCAGAGGGAACUUGGUCGAGGAUGUGUUGCAUUUGGUCACAGAGGAUGAUGGUCUAGAGCCUGUUAAAGCUAAUGUCACGCUUGGGUAAGUAAUUACUUUGUUUAAUUUUUUUUUUUUUUUUUUGCAUUUUGACAUGUGUUUGGGAUGCAGUUGUGGUCAGAAUCAGACAGGUUUGUUCGGGGAAGGUAUUGCUUUGAACGGUC